AUGGCGGUUCGGAUAAUUCCACUUCUCCUGGGGUUUCCCUUUGUGACUCUGACUCUGGCCGUACUGAAAGAAAUGAAGAAGACUGGCUUUGACCUCAUUGCUCAUGCCCAAAACAAGAAGAAGUGUGUCGACAUUUACCGUAGCCAUCAGAACCUUCCACCCCUUGAACCAAUUUCUUUGAACGAUCUUCUAGGAACCAAGCUCAUCAAGUAUGCCUGGAAUGGCAAGCGGCUCAUGUUGAAUCCUGAUCCCAAUGCCUUUCCUGAUCGAGAGGAUCUCGAGAACUUCAAGAUAUUGAAGCUGGCUCUUCCCCACCCCCAACGCGAUCCUGAGCUGCUGGAUGUUGUGUGCAAGGCAUUUGACUAUGAUGAAGACACCUACCGCGUUGUCUAUGACAAGCAUUUGGCUUGCUUCAGUCUCAUCACAGAGUGCGAGAAUCCUUGGGCGUAUGACGACGAAUGCGAGGAGCGAGAGUCUGAACCUGAUGAUGGCAUUGCGAAUGCCAUGGAAGCUUUGAAAGAGAAGUGGGCGAAGGAAACUGCUUUGGAAGCAGCGGCCGAUGAUAGUGUCACCUACGGUGACACCACUGACAGUGGCGAAAUCGACAGUCCUUCACCUGCCAAGGCAAAGGCCUCUGCUAAAGCCCCUCUUCUCGACUGUUUGUCUCAAGUGGCCGCAUGCUUUGAGCGCUCUUCUUCUUUCGAUAGUCACGCAGCUGUCGAGGAGUUAAUGGCGUCCCCGCCAACCAAGAAGAAGAAGUACUCAUUCCCGUAUUCCGUCGACAGUGAUGUCAAGUCUCCCCAAUACUGA